UGUGUGAGUGUGUGUUAGUCAAUAUGGCCGACUGGGUCAAGUUCAAGAGCAGGAUGAAAAAUAUGUUUGGUAAUAUCGGUGUGUCAGAUUCGGAUAAUAAAAAUCGACAAAUCGUAAUUGAUAUUGCCGAUGAUAAUAAAAAGUUUGGAAAAUGUUUGGAUGAAAGGAUAGACAACAAGGACGAUGGUGGUGGUCCUGGGGGUGGACAGGAAUUGGUUGAAGUAUUUUUGGAGAAUAAUACUUCAAACGUUGUUAAUAAUUUUAAUGAUAAUAAUAGCGAAGCUAAAAGGCUCGUGGAUAAAAGCAACGAUCAAUGGUUAGAACCAGGAUCCAGGAUACGUCAAGAAGCUAAAGAUGAAUUAUUGACGGAUAAUACUGCGAGUAAUUCACCAAAAAGACCGAUUAGUUUUUACAAGGAUGAUACUUCAAGUCCGCAAAAAAUGAAAAAAAAUGUAUUCAGCGAAAGGAAUACGAAUUUUGUGUCACCAACGAGAAUAUCGUCCAAGGGUGAUUGUCAGUCACCUACAGAAAAAAGUACGGAAAGAUUGGUCAAUGGUAAACCACCUAAGGAAGAAAAACAACAACAUCAUGUACAAUUUAACAAAGAUUCUAAAAAACAACAAAAUAAUUUAUCGAAUGGCAAACAAAAACAGCAACAACAGCCACAACAUCCUAGUCCAUCAAUUUCAACAUCAACAACCAACAGUUCAGAGGACAAUUCAACGUUAGAUCAAUUUUGUGAAGCCAGACCACCUGACGGUGGUUGGGGUUGGGUCGUAGUUGCUGCAUCUUUCAUGGUCAAUCUUAUUGCCGAUGGUAUUACAUUUUCGUUCGGUGUUAUUUAUGUGGAAUUUUUAAAUUAUUUCGGUGCUGGUAAAUCGAAAACAGCAUGGAUUGGUAGCCUUUUCAUGGCAAUGCCGUUACUGUCAGGACCAAUUGCAAGUUUUCUUACGGAUCGUUAUGGUUGUAGAAGAGUAUCAGUAGCUGGUAGUGUGUUAGCAACUGUUGGUUUUAUCGUCAGUUCGUUAACCCAAUCAAUGGGUUUAUUGAUAUUCACGUUUGGGGUGGUAUCAGGUUUUGGAUUGUCAUUGUGUUUCGUUGCUGCUGUCGUUAUCGUGGCAUAUUAUUUUGAUAAGAAGAGAUCAUUCGCUACGGGAUUGUCAGUUUGUGGUAGCGGCAUUGGUACUUUUAUAUUUGCUCCGUUAACCCAAUAUCUUUUGGAUGAAUUUGGUUGGAGAGGAACCAUGCUGAUAUUAUCCGGUUUGAUUCUAAAUUUGGCCGUCUGUGGUUUCCUCAUGCGAGAUCCUGAAUGGACAACAACCAGAGCUAAAGCUAAAACUGAAGAGAGGAGGAAAAAUCGUGAGAAGAAAAGAUCAAGAAUGCAAAGUUCAAGUGCCGAUUCAUUUUCCGCAAGUAGUUCAGCCAAUACUACGACUCAAACGCCACACGGUGACACUAAAAGAAGUUUUGCAUCAGCCAAUGCUAUGAUCAUUGAAAAUUUUCGUAACCAAGAGGAAGAGAACAUCAGUGACGAUAAAUUAUUCUCAAGUUUGGUCAGUUUACCGACUUUCGUUAAGAACGGUGAAAAAGUACCGUUGGAAACGUUGGAAUUGUUGAGCAAUCGUAAAAACGUUUACAACGUUUUGUUACAAAAUUAUCCAAAUUUAUUGAUAUCAUCUAAAAGUUUUAGCGAUUCCGGUGCGUUGCAUGAUCAAAUCAGCAUACCAUCGGCUAGAUUUGUACCAACACCUAGUCCUUUAACAGAUUUUAAAAAUGACGAACGAAAGGAUCCUAAUUUGAAGGAGGAUGAAAAAGAAUUGGGAAAACAGGCUGACGCUACGUAUCUAUGGUGGAUGAAAAAGAUUAACUCUGAUAGUCCAUUGCGUCGUUCGAGUACCAUGGAACAUCCUAGAAGAUUACCAACAGCCUAUUUGAAAGAUAUCAGGAUGCACAGGCAUAGUCUUACUUACAGGGGUGCCAUGUUAAACAUCAACAGGUAUCGUUUAAGAGCAUCCAGUUGUCCUGAUAUUUAUAGGAAUUCAAUGACCACCAUAGCCAAGACUAAAUUGGUCUGGUACGCCGGUCUUUGGGAAUUUUGGGACUUGAUUGUCGACAUGUUGGAUUUCUCUCACUUUGCUGAUCCAAGAUUUUUACAUUUUGCUAUUAGUAAUUUUCUUUUACAUACCUGGUAUGACGUACCGUACGUUUAUUUGACGGACAAUGCAAUUGAGAUGGGUUUCAGCGAGACAGACGCUUCCAUUUUGAUUUCGGUUAUUGGUAUUGCCAACAUGAUCGGCGAGAUUAUUCUUGGUUGGGCUGGUGACAGAGAUUGGGCUAAUGCUUCCAUCGUGUAUGCAGGUUGUAUGAUACUUUGUGGUGGUGUCACAGCUAUGAUACCAUUGGUCGUCAAUAAUUAUAUUAUGCUAUGUUUAAUAUCUGGUGCCUUUGGUCUAUUCAUCUCGGCGAAUUAUAGUCUUACAAGUAUCAUACUCGUCGAAAUGAUCACUAUUGAAAGAUUUACCAAUGCCUAUGGACUUUUACUUUUAGUUCAAGGUGUUGCUAAUCUCAUGGGUCCACCAUUAGCUGGGUGGCUCUAUGACAUCACCGGAUCAUACGAUCUCCCCUUCUACUUGGCCGGCUUCUUCAUCGCUUUAAGUGGGGCGUUGCUUUUGGUAAUGCCGCUCAUUUCCCUCUAUAGAAAAUUUAGGUCAGGAAGAAGUUCGAAGGAUGAUGAAGUUGCCAACAAGGAUUUUGCUGAAACGAAUAACGUUUAGAAAAUAAGAAAAAGAACAAAGAAAAAGAAUGAAGAAGAAGAAGAAGAAGAAGAAGAACAAAAAUUGU